ACAACAUCAACCGUUCAAAUUAAAUCCCUCUGCAAAAAUUUGUUCAAAUUCUAAAAGGAUCAAAAAAUAAAUCAAAAUCCAAAUUAGAAAUUACUCUUAAUAUUUGGUGGUUAGGAAAACCGAUUGCACUACGUUUGAGAGCGGAGAGCCAAUUCAAGUCGAGCCAAGUAGUCUGCAGAUCGCGAAUAUAUAUACGAGUUAAAGAAAUCGGAGGAGAAUUUGCGACGCUCGGCGAUUAGGCGGGCGCCGUGAAUUUCAUUUGGUGUUCCAAGUCUUUUGUAUUUUGUUUUUGUUCUCCAAUAUAUCAUAUACAUAUGUUGUGAUAUCAUUUCGCACUUUUAUAAAAUCUAACAAAUUCAAACAUUGGAUUUUGAUUUUUGAUCGUAAAACGUUAAAAUUGCGAAGCGUGACGAAAAAUUCAUAUCUUGUGAAGAACUGAAAUCGAAAGAGCAAUUAAAUUCGACUGGCGUUGGGGACACUCGCAUGCAAAAUGAAUAAGUUUGUUUCCCACAACUUUGGCCGAGAUUCGUAUCGGAAUUUCAGCCCGGAAUUGUACUCGUCAUUAGCCAGCCCAUCGGGACAGCUUGAAAGGGAAAUGGCGGAGGGUAAUGGCGAACUGUUAGAUGACAUUAAUCAGAAAGCCGAUGACCGUGGCGAUGGCGAGCGUACAGAAGACUAUCCCAAGCUGCUGGAAUACGGUCUGGACAAGAAAGUCGCCGGUAAACUGGAUGAAAUUUACAAAACCGGCAAGUUGGCUCACGCCGAGCUGGACGAGCGCGCCCUGGACGCGCUCAAGGAGUUUCCCGUCGAUGGUGCCUUGAAUGUGCUGGGUCAGUUCCUCGAAUCGAACCUGGAGCAUGUUUCGAACAAGUCCGCCUACCUAUGUGGCGUGAUGAAGACGUACCGCCAGAAGAGUCGAGCCAGCCAACAGGGCGCGGCUGCGCCCGCCGCUGCCGUUCAGGUCAAAGGUCCCGACGAGGACAAGAUCAAGAAGAUCCUCGAGCGCACCGGCUACGCAUUAGAUGUGACGACAGGCCAGAGAAAAUACGGCGGACCGCCACCGGAUUGGGAGGGAAAUGUGCCGGGAAAUGGUUGCGAAGUUUUCUGCGGCAAGAUACCCAAGGACAUGUACGAGGACGAACUGAUUCCGCUCUUCGAGAACUGCGGCACAAUCUGGGACCUACGCCUCAUGAUGGACCCAAUGACGGGCACAAACCGUGGUUAUGCAUUUGUCACAUUCACAAAUCGCGAAGCGGCCGUCAAUGCAGUGCGACAGCUCGAUAAUCACGAAAUAAAACCCGGCAAGUGUCUGAAAAUAAAUAUAAGCGUACCGAAUCUGCGCCUUUUUGUAGGCAAUAUUCCCAAGUCAAAGGGCAAAGAUGAAAUUUUAGAGGAAUUUGGUAAACUUACAGCUGGCCUUUACGAGGUAAUCAUAUACAGUUCGCCAGAUGAUAAGAAAAAGAAUCGUGGCUUCUGUUUUCUCGAAUACGAGUCACACAAGGCGGCAUCUUUGGCCAAACGAAGACUUGGCACAGGUAGAAUUAAGGUAUGGGGAUGUGAUAUAAUAGUCGACUGGGCCGAUCCACAGGAGGAGCCGGAUGAACAAACUAUGUCCAAGGUUAAAGUUCUUUAUGUGCGAAAUCUAACCCAGGACGUCUCAGAGGAUAAGCUGAAGGAGCAAUUUGAGCAAUAUGGAAAGGUGGAACGCGUUAAGAAAAUAAAAGACUAUGCCUUUAUACACUUUGAGGAUCGUGAUAGCGCCGUCGAAGCUAUGCGUGGCCUUAAUGGCAAGGAGAUCGGCGCCUCGAAUAUUGAGGUCUCUCUCGCCAAACCUCCCUCAGACAAAAAGAAAAAGGAGGAGAUUCUGCGGGCUCGUGAGCGCCGUAUGAUGCAAAUGAUGCAAGCGCGUCCCGGGAUCGUGGGAUUUGAAACCUUGUCUCCAUACAGAAAUCUGUCGCCGACACAUCCCAGCAUGAUGUCCUUGACGCCCAUGCGCCUGCAAGGGGCGCGCAUGCCGCUGCGUACGCCGAUACCUCGCGAAUACGAAUACGACUACGACUAUUUCGGUUUCUCGGACUACCACCCGAGUUCUUAUGGCGCCAACGAGUCGUUCUACGAUGAGCUGUACCGUUCUUACGAUGGGGACUACAAUUACUAUGAUUUCCAGAGCGGUGCUUGCGGCGGGGGCGGUAAUAUGACCGGCGGUCCAGUGGUUCCGCUGCCGAACGGCAGCUCCGCCCAGAAUUCACCGCUGGCCAGUGGGCAGCGAUCGGCCAGAUCCUCAGCAAGUGGUCCCAGCGGUUCGACGAGCUUUGUGGGAGUUGGUCGUGGGCCUGGAAUCACAGUGCCGCGUGGCAGAGUCGUUGGCCAACGUGGCAGCAUCAGUCGUCUGGGGGCCCAAACAGCGCCACAGGCGGCGGCAGCGGCAGCGGCGGCGGGACAGGCGGCGGCGGCGGUAGCUCAGCGGGGGGCCACCGGUCAGGGGGCGCCGGCAGCAACCGGGGGGGUCCGUGGGGUGGUGCCAACGCGUCCCAGCGCUCGUGGCACCCAGCACGUCAAGCCGCUACAAAAUUUACCAGUAGUCGGUAAACGUAAGUUCGAUGGAGGUCACCAAAAUCCGGCAGAUGUUAAGCGACGUUACCCGAGCGGUUUAAUAGGAAAUGGCGGCAGUUGGGGCAGUUUACCGCUACCACAGCAACCUUUAGGCACCAAUGGUGAACAGUGGUACAUGGAUACGUUUUCGGCAUGGAGUUAAAACCACACAGCAACAGCAACCACCACAACAACAACAACAGCAACCCAAUUGAAAUCAGUUAAAGCAUCAUUAACAACAACAACAACAGCAGCAACACAAGGAAGUUACAACCACAAAUAUUCAUUUUCUCCGAGCAACAUCCUGGAGAAAAAACCUUCGCGUCAUAGUAAACACAAAAAUAGCAACCAUUCUUAACAAGCAAUAAAUUUAAUUUCAACAAAUUAUAUAAAGUAUAAGAAAUACAAUUAGCCACAAUUCAAAAGCAUUGUUUAGAGACUCGUUUCGAUCUUAGUUCUUUUGCUAUGAACGCCGUAGAUUGCGUCCUCUAAAUAACUAUAAUAACAAAUCAAGAAAUCAGCAAUAGCAGCAACAAAUAUGUCGAGUAGAGUAUAUGUAUUGUAUGUAAUCACUUUAAAAAUAGCCUUUGCAGCGACAGCAUUUUAAACGAAGAGAUUUCAUUUAGCGAAACAAGUUUAGCAGAUUUUCCCAAACCAAUUUUAAAAAGCAUCAGCCUCAAAACUUAGAUAAACCAAAGUCAAAUCGUUUUAAAGUUCACAAAAAAUAUAAGAAAAAUUUGUCUCAUAGCGUUUUUAACUCAAAAUUGCAACAAUAAUUGAUCAUAUAUAGCAAAACGUAUAUGAAAAUAAAAAAAAAAUGAAAUAUAUUUAUCUAUAACUAUAUAGAGAGAGCAGUCUAAGCCCAUACAAAUUGAUUUUAAAUCUUAAGCAGCAUGUAGCACCCCUUUUAUACAUUGAAAAAGCGUAAGCAACCAAAUUCAAAAUCAUUUUACAAUAUUUACAUGGGCAUCGGAAAGUUGACAUUUUAGACAGCCAAUUUCUUCUUUUGUAUAUAGCCAAUAGAAAGUUGGCAAGCGCUGAAGCUAGUAAUAUGGGAAACCCAGACAUAUAUACACGAGAUCAAGCUCAGAUGAAUUGAAAAACUGUUUAAUAUUCUAAGAACACCAGAAAACAUCAAAUUGAAAAGCAAAGCUUAGUGAAGAAACAUUGACUGACAAAAAUAAAGAAAACAAAAAACAAAUUAUAAAUUAGAUCGAAUGAGUUGAUAUGAGAACGAUAAGCAAAUACAAAAAUUAAAACGCAGCCAGCAUUAUUAUAUAAUGCGACUGGCGACGGCAACUGGCAAGACUUUCUGCAUAAAUUUGAAAACAAACUAUUUUUUAACGACGUAAGUUUUAGGCAACUUCAAAUCAAUUAUCUGUCAGAAGUAAAAAACAAAAUAUGUAGAGCUAAGUAAUUGCACACAUACAAAACUACACUUAAAACUCACUGAUAAUACUGAUAAGCAGAUUAAAAUCGCAAAUCAACAAGAAAUUUGACUAGUGUCUGCAAAUCGAAGCAACGAAUUAGGAAGAAAACAUAUAGACGCGGAGACAACACAUCACAAACAGUAAAAAGUAAUGAACCUAAUAAUAAAGUUGAUUAUAAAUUUUAAUACCCAUAACUCAUACUUAACAUUAACACUUGUAACGAGUACGAUUAAACAAUGUUGGAAAAAAACACGCCAACAAAACUAUAAAAUCAAUUAGCCAACUCUCAAGUGCGUAUUAGCAGCAAUCCUAAACCAUUCAAAGCUAAGAAAUUCUAUUUAAAAUCCACUAAUCUUAUAUCGAAUUCAGAUUAAAGUCUUUUCCCACUUUCAUUUACUCAUCUAUAACUGCUACGCACACAGAUAAUACGGAAGAGAACACAGCCCUAAGCUAAAAUAAUAAAUAUACCAAGUUGACUUGCGAAAACUUAACUAGCUCCAUGCCUAUAAAAAAGAAACGCCACACACGUGUCAAAAUACGUAUAUGUAGGGAAAAUUUAUGAAACAAAAACUUGCCCGUUUACUUUCUGUUUUGCAAAAUUUUAAGAAAAAUUAUUUUGGUUGAACAACAAUUCUGCCGUUUACGUUUCCGCUAUUGCUAGAUCUCAAGUAAAGCAAAAAGUUAAUUAAUAUAUAUAAAUGUAUAAAACAAAAAUAUAUAAAUUAGUUUUAAACUAACGAAAGAAUACUUCCAAUUUUGAACUCAAGUAUAAAGCAAAAUACAAACUGUUGGCAGUUAAUGAAGGACGCGUGUGUUUUAAAACGUAUCUAUGAACAUUGUUCAGCAUAAGCCUAAAAACAAUAACUUUUUUAAAUUUAAAAAUACACAUACACAGACACACACCAAGCAGUUGCCUAAAGUAAAAAAAAAAAAAAACAAAAACAAAUAAUGAAUACAUGAAUUAAAACUUGCGCAAAAUUUGCAAACCAGCAAAGAACUUUAAAUACAUAAUAUUAGCCACAAACAAUAAGAGAACAUAUACAACAAAUUCUAAAUGACCAUAGUUAAGCUUAAAUUUAAUAAGAUUCACAUACACACACACACACAUAUAUACACAUAAUUAUUAAAAUAAAGUAAACUGUCGUUGUAGGGGAUGAGAAGUGUGCGCCAUUUUCUAACUACAAUAACAAGAGAACAAAAUUACUAAAAUAUUUACCCACUUUUUAUUUUUGAUAAGUUUUCCUAUGAAUUUUCUUAAACAUUUUACUGUUUUGUUGAGAGAGCAUUUCAUGCAAUUGCAAUUGAUUGUUGCCUUCGAAAAAGAGAGGGAGAAAUAAUUUUAAAACUUUAAUAAUUUUUUUCUUUAAACACACACAAACACAACAAAUAAAUUAAUUUUAUAAGAAAGUGAAUUAAAAGAAACUAUAACGCCGCGUCUUUUUGCAUGCAAAAUUUUCGAUUUUUCGCCCUAGAAAUUUCCACAUUUGGUGACUUAAAACCUUUGAACCCGAUUCAAAUUGCAAAUAUAUAAAUAUAAUUAAUUUUAACAAUUUGUUUAAUUCGAUAACUGUACUGAUUUUAUAUUGUUUUAAAUUUGUAAUUUAAUUUGUAAGUUUUUAUUGUUAAUGUGUUUUUUCUAUUGUAAACUAAAACUAAACUAAAUCUAUAAUCCAAUUGGCAAAUUGUUACACAAUCCGUUUAAGUUUACCGAUUUCGUCGAUUCAAAAAUUGAGAAUUUAUCUAGAAACCAUUUCUUUGGAAGCCCAAUAUUUUCCUUCAACCCCACCCACCCCGAAGCCUUAACCCCCAACACCCUUAAUUGUGUUAAAUAUUGUAAUUUGUAAUUUUUGUUUUAAUUUUUCGGGAAAGCAAAAACGUUUGGCAAAAUUAGUUUAUAAUUUGAAUAUUUAGUUUUGUUUGUGCGCUUAAGUUUUCAAUAGUAUGUUAUAUAUAUUAAACUAUGAAUAUUAAUUUUUAGCAAAAUAUUUUUACGACCUAACAUAAAUCACUAAUGUUAAAUACUUAAAGAACUAAUUUGUUUAGCUGUUUAAUUGGUUUAAAAUUUUUCUGUAUUGUGAAGAGGAGCGCAAACAAAAUUUAUCUUUGGUCUAUUAACAAUAACAAUAACUGUAUACGUGUGUAAAUUUCAACCUUCAACAAAAGCAACACAAUACUGAAAAUAAAAUAGAAAUAAAGUCGAAAGGAAUCAUGAAAGAAAGCAAAGUGGACAACAAAAUUGCAAACUGCGCAUGGAAACUGAGCGAAAAAAAUGAAAAACUUUACAUGAAUUGUGAUGAUGCAAAGGCAAGAUUUAAUCAUAAUUACUAAAUCUAUAUACAAUAAAUAUAUAUCUUUCUCUAUAAAUAUAUAUAUUUGAGUAUAUAAUGUAAAUGUAGGCGUAGGAGUGUAUAAUCUAACUUUACUUUUAAACAGACUGCGUACGUAUUAAAAAUUUUUAAAAUUAA